CCCCCCUCGCACAACGUUCCGGUGAAGCGCUCGGUGGUGCGAGGCUAGCUAUGAGUAUGACAUGGGUUCAGAAGUUCUCCACGGUGGGAGGGUACCGGUAAUGGAAUGAAUAAGGUAGCUGUGAUGUCACCCUGCUGUGUCUUCACUGGAUGGUGUAAAAAGGCAGUGGAGAGGGAGAUGUCAGAUCCCUCCAGUUAAAUGCAGCUGGAGCUCCAGUCCCAAACUCAGACCACUGUCAGUGUUACCUUGAGCCCCUCCUGGCUCGGAGGCUGGAGAGGAUGAAAAGAAGCUUCACAUCACAAAGUGCAACAGAGUGAUCUUUCCUCAACACGGGACAGCACAGAGCAAGCUGAGAGCAGUUCACUACAUCAACUUCUACCACGAAGAGCCCACGAUGGUGGAGAGAAGCACACUGCUGGUACUCUGCUGCCUGGCCAUGCAAGCAGCUGGUUCUUCCUGCCUGUAUCCUGGCCUGAGAUUUGGCCAGAAGAGCACCAGCUCUUCCAUCCCGACGAGCUCCUCUGGUGAAAACGGCAGCCGGCUGCCCACUGGCACUGCCCAGCAGAGGGAUGGCGCAGAAAAGCGAACAGGGAGGCACGCGGAUGCCAUUUUCACAAACAGCUACAGGAAAGUUUUGGGACAGUUAUCUGCCAGGAGGUUUCUUCAGACCAUCAUGGGAAAACGGCUGAGCCAGUGGGGAGCAGAGGUGGAGAACGCAGCCAAACGGCAGACGAGCGUUUUUACAGACACCUACCAGCAGGACCUUACUGCCAUUCAACACUACAGGAGGCAGCUGGGUGUGGUCGGCCCCAGAAUUCAUGGCCGGACGGGGCACUGAGGACACCAAGAAGACCUGUCAGGACCACACAGCAGCUCCUUCGUUUUUAAAUCACUCAACAGAAAAUUAAAAAGCAGCAUCGCAUUUGGGAACAACCUGCCUUCACUCAGCUUAGAGAGACAGUAUGCUUCACAAACGUUAAAUGAAAUUUACUCAACUGCCAAGAGGAGCACGCCAUAGUGAUUCAAAAUCCCUUCUGUUACCCUGAAAAUAAAGCCUCAUACAUUAUGUUGUAAAUAAACUUUUGACAAAGCAUAUUCUGUUUGCACACUUUUUAACCAUGAACUCUGUAGCCUCCAAGUCGCUUGUCAAAUGUAACAGGACAGGUACCGAAGUAUCAGUGAGACGUAAGAAGAUAA